UUAAAACCUAUGGUCUAAUUAAAGCGAGUCUGCCUCAAACAUGCUGUGAUAACAAGGUGGUUAUUGUAAAUGAAGAAAAGUUCUCUUCUCAAGCCAGAAAAAGUUAUGUAUUCAAAUAGGUACAAAAGGUUUGUUGACAUCGGGCGCAUUGAAGUCUUCAACAAAAAAUUGCUAGUUGAGGUCCUCUGUUUUGGUCUGCCUAGAGCAAAAUCCAUGAGACUGCAAAUUGAGGAAGCCGAAUGGCUCAUUCAGGUCAAAGAGGAGGUGCUUUCAUGCCAUGCUCAUAACCACACAUCGCCCUCCAUUUUGAGCGUUCCAAAGACAUUACUCAACGAAAAUGAAGCAGCAUACAUCCCUGAAAUCGUUUCUAUUGGUCCCUACCACUUUGGCAAACCAGAGCUCACACCCAUGGAAAAGUACAAAGCUCAGGCUGUGUGCAGGCUAUCCACCCGAAUUCAGGAAAAAUUCCCUGAAAAAGACUUCUUUUGUGUUGUGGAGAAGCUUAAGAUCAUGGAGCGCCAAAUUAGGGAUUGCUAUGACAAGGAAAUAGAAUGCAGCGGAGAAGUUCUUUGCUGGAUCAUGGCGCGAGACGCCUCUUUUCUUCUUGAGUUCUUCCGAAACUAUAUCACCCCAUUUCAACCUACAGAUCAAAUAUUUUGCCAAAAUUUUCAUCCGGUUUUCCGCCCAGAAAAUGAUAACAGCACGGUCCUUGCAAUCAUCAAAGAUGUAAUGAAAUUGGAGAAUCAGAUCCCUCUGUUCGUUCUGGAACAAGUUCUUUCUGUGGAAAUGAAUUCCAUGGAAUUAGCCCGGGACAAGAUUGAUUUAGUACUAAAAAUAGUCUUUGCUAACAUAUACCGACCUUUUGAUUUUUACAUAUUUUGCAGGUCUUCAAAGAGGAGUCACAUACUGGAAAUGUAUCACUUCUCUUGUUUUGGGAAAGAUAUUGUUUCGGAAACUGAAAAGGAUUUAUGGAACUCGUGGCCAAAGUCGUCAGACAUCAGAUUCAAGCUUCCAUCUGCAGUUAAACUGAAGAAAGCGGGAGUGAAAUUCAGGGCUAACGCAGGGGGCAUAGAACAAAUAAAAUUUGACAAGAAAACUUCAGUUCUCUCGCUUCCCCUCAUCAUUCUGAACGUUGAAUCGGAGGUAUUUAUCAGAAACCUUGUUGCAUUCGAAAUGUGCUCUCCCAAUUACAAAGUUAAAAAACUUACGCAAUAUGCCCAAUUCAUGUCUGACCUGAUGCAUAACAAGAAGGGCGCAGUUGUGAUGAGGGAAAUGGGGAUGAUUGUGGGUAAUCUUCGAAAUUCUGCACAAUUGGCAAGCCUGUUCAAUUUGUCCAAUCAAUCGCCCUCCCUCUCAGAGUGCUCUGCUGUUGCAGAAACAAGGAAGAGCAUUCAGGAGUAUUACAGUAAAAAAUGGAGGAUCGGCUAUAAAAUUCUUUGGAAUGAGUUCUGGAAAGCUUAUGUUUCAAAACCCUGGUAUGUAAUUGGGGGUUUGGGAGCUACAGUAAUCUUCUUCCUCACUGCGAUGCAGGUCAUUUGCUUGUUUUACACCUGCACGCCCCAAAAUUGAAAGUUCAGUCGGUGUCAAAGUUUCCAGGUACCAUCGAACCGGUAUUGUCCGGUGAUCCGGUGAACCGGGCGCUACGAUCAAUGCAUCCGGACCGGCUGGUCCGGUCAAGAUUUACCUCAUGUAAUGGUGACGUUUUGUUGGAUAUUUCUUGGCUUAAUAAGAACAUCCCCGUGUUACGUUUGUUUGAA